AUCUCAGGCAGGAGGCAGUCUCCUGUGCUCACUCUCCUGCAGGCUGCUCUCUCACGCUGCUCUCGCUCUCUCGUGACUGCGUAGCUGAGAAACACACACUCACUCACUCACUCACUCACUCACUCACACACACUCAGUCAAAACACACACCAUGAGGCUGUUUGUGCUGUGUGUUGUGGCCUCCACCACUCUUCUGCUGGCAGUCCCAUGGAGCUCCGCAGCAGAGCCAGGAGACAGAGCCCAGAGAUGGGAUAAGGUCCAGGAUAAGGCUGCUACAGGAGAGGUUUCAGGGGUUUGCCCUGUGAGGAUGAAGCCUUCUGGCCAGUGUGGAGAAGAGGACGACUGCCCCUACCAGAUCACCCUGCCUCCACUGACCAUCCAGCUGCCCAAGCAGUUCAGGAUGCUGGAGAAGACCAUGAAGGAGCUGCAGAGCCUGAAGGAGACGGUGAACUGGCUGAAGAGGGACUGUCAGGAGUGCCGGCAGCAGGCUGACCAGAGCCUGCAGAGGGACAGCGGGGAGGCAGCAGGGGGUCCCGGUACGGGACCAGGGUUUCUGGAAAUACAGUCUAGCACCAGUAAGGAGGAACGAGGAGACGGGGGAACCAACACAGGGCCUGAUGGGGAUGGCAUUGGCACCGGUUCUGGUACUGGCAAAGGCACCGUCUCUACCGGCGGUUCUGUGUUUGAGAUGCAGGUGAAGAUGAACAAGAUGUCCAACAGCCUGCGUAACGCACGGGGACAGAUCACGGCUCUGCAGGGCCGUCUAGAGGAACUAAGCCUGAUCAACAUGAGGAACGUGGAGGCCAUCGUGGACAGCAAGGUGGAGAACAUCACUGGAGUGAUCAACAAGCUCAGUAACAACUGUAACCACCAGUGUGCCGUCCAGCCCUCUCCUCAGUUCAUCAUCGCUCCCAAGGACUGCUCUGACUACAACAUGCUAAAGGAGAGGAGGAACGACGUCUACCGGGUCACGCCAGACCCCAGGAAUGGCACGUUCCAGGUCUACUGCGACAUGGAGUCGUUCGGCGGCGGCUGGACCCUGGUGCAGCAGCGCCUCAAUGGCACCGUCAGCUUCAACCGCUCCUGGGCUGAGUACAAGAGGGGAUUUGGUGACCUCCGGGGAGAGUUCUGGUUGGGCAACGACCGCAUCCACCUCCUGACCAAGGCCAAGGACAUGGUUCUGCGCAUCGAACUGGAGGACUUCCAAGGGGUGCGGGAGUAUGCCAAGUUCGACCAGUUCUACGUAGCCAACGAGUUCCUGAGGUAUCGCCUCUCCAUCAGCGGGUACAGUGGCACGGCCGGCAACGCGCUGCACAUGAACCAGCACUUCAACCACGACCAGAAGUUCUUCACCACGCCAGACAGGGACAACGACAUGUACCCGUCAGGGAACUGCGGCGCGUACUACAGCUCUGGGUGGUGGUUUGACGCCUGCAUGUCAGCCAAUCUCAAUGGGAAAUACUACCACAAGAGAUACAAGGGCGUGAGGAACGGCAUCUUCUGGGGAACAUGGCACAACAUGUCUAGUGAAGCAUAUCCCACCAACUACAGGCAGGCCUUCAAGACGGUCAAAAUGAUGAUACGGCCAAAGAACUACGCUCCGUAAAGGAAAGCAGCAUGAGAACGGAAACGACCGGAAACAUCACAAAUACUUUUUUCUUCUUAACUUUCUGCUCCUUUGACCUUUCUGUCUCCCACUGUCAAGUUGAACCACACGGUUCAGAGACAGUCUGAGACAUCUGGGUUCCCGGUAAUAAAACAGCAAUGAAAUCUUCAAAAGGUUGGAAAAGUCUCCACCGAAGACAAACGUAUGAUAUCACAGUCAGGAAAUGUCUGGCUAUCGGUCAAACAACAUACUAUGGACCAUGUGCCACUGAACUAACAACAGCAACAAAAUGGAGUCAGGUAUGUUUGCUUUCUGCAGAAUAAUUAUAUUGGUUGACUGCAGGCACUGCAACUGUUUCCAGACAUCUGUAAUUCCAUUUUCUGUAUAAUACUGCCACCUAGCGUUAAGUCAUUAUACUGCCACCUAGCGUUAUGUCAUCACAUUGCAUCCUCAUCUAGACAGGCAAAGCAGCAUGGAAACUAAAGGCCGCAAGUUCAAGGAGGAAAUGUACAGUAUUUAUUUUUGAAAGUAUGAUAGCUUUUAUAUAACUAAUAUAUGGACUGUAUGUUCAUGCAGUACACAGUGAUUGCCUAAGAUGAGUACCCAAAAAAGUAUUGUAUUCGGAAUAAAAAGUAUUAUAUUGGGGUUGAGAAGUUGACCACAGAGAAGUUUAAAAAUAAAACAUGGAGUAUUUUGACUUGUAUGAAAAGGUUUAAAGUGUAGGUAUAUUUGAAUAGAAUAAUUGAUUAUGUAGCUUGAUGUAUAGAACUGUAUGUACACUAGAAGUUUUUGUUCACCUUCUAUUGUCCUAUUCAAAAAAGUAUUUACUUUUUAUAUAAAAACAUAAAUAAACUUUUUACAGAUUU